AUGGGACAUGUUGCUUACAAAUUGGAGCGGCCACCAGGAAGUAGUAUUCAUCCAGUGUUUCAAGUUUCUCUAUUGAAGUUGGCACAGUUAACAGUGCAAGCAGCUUUGCCUAAGGUGGAUGCUGAUGGAACCUUGAAGAUUGAGCCUUUGGUUGUCCCGGCACGAAGCAUUGUUGCUCGAAACAGUGUUACAGCAGCACAGAUUCUAGUACAAUACUCACUAGAAUGA